AUGUCUGGACCGUUGGACCUCACCAAUACCUAUGGCGCUGCUACCAUGGGAGCCAUGGCCACCCUCAUUCUCUACGGCAUCACCGUGCUUCAGACCUAUUUCUACUUCCUGCAGUAUCCAAAAGACAGCCCGGCUUUCAAGUUACUCGUGGCAUCUCUAUGCUUGCUCGACAGUCUGCACAUUGUCCUCGUCUGUCACGUCAUAUAUCACUAUCUUGUGACAAACUAUUUCAAUCCCAUCGCAUUAUUGUCAGGUGUCUGGUCUCUAUAUGCCUCAGUCGCUGCAAACGUGGUCAUUGCAUGCGCAGUUCAAAUCUUCUUCACCAUGCGUAUUUAUCACUUGAGUGGCCCCCGCACGAAGCACUGGUUGACAACAUUAGUGACCAUUUUCGUCAUUCUGCACUUCUGUUUCGGGGUCGAUACUGUCGUAAAGUUCACGAAUAUGAUCAUCAACCGCCUGAUGCUUUGGGCUGUUAACCGCUGCUUGCUGACCGCAGCUGUCGCAGUUGCGGAGACAAUUGUGUUCUGUGUCACGCCGUCGCAACUUUGGUUUAUUUCCAUUGAUUUCGUCAUAGGCAAAUUGUAUUGCAACUCACUUUUAGCGACUCUGAACAGCCGGGAUUCCAUCAGAACAACAGGUCAAAAUAAUAUUCAUGGCAUAGACGUCGAUAGUAAAAACGUCGUGCAACUGUCUUCCUUCCCUGCUACGAGUAUCGCACCUUCAGGAGCUAGGUCUGAUAAUGAGAGUGCGACUAUCCAGCAAGAAUUUGAAGAAGGGUGUUCGUCUUCCGAAUUCUCCUGGCUUCUUCAUUUACAACGGUCUGCGGCGGACAGCGGCCAUAGAAGUCUCAAGAACGCUUUGGAUCCCCCGCCCCUCCCGAAGAACAUGGAUCUCGACUUGGGACCCACAUUCGGGGCGGCAUAUGUAGGAUCAAUGGCAGCACUUAUACUCUAUGGGAUUACGACGCUCCAGGCCUAUUUUUAUUUUCUAAGUUAUCCCAGAGACGGUGGUGGCACGAAACUCCUCGUAACAUCGCUAUGGUAUGCUAAUCCCUGCGUCCAUGUCGUCCUCAAGAUUACGGACCUUAUAUUAUAUAGGGCGCUGGACACGCUACACGUUAUCCUCAUUUCUCAUGCAAUGUACCAUUAUCUCAUCACCAAUUAUGCGAACCCACUGGCUCUCCAGAACGGCACAUGGUCAUUAUAUACAUCAGUUGGCCUUAAUCAGUCGUUGUCCAAAGGUGGGCACUCAUCGCACCGUGCGGGUAUUGUGGUCUUUGACAAUCACCCAUAUUUCAGCUUCUUCACGAAGCGCAUAUACGACUUGAGCAGGUCACGAGGGCCUAGGUUGCAAAGGAGUCUGACAACCAUAACGGCAUUCUUAGUGGCAGGACAUUUUGCUUUUGGCAUAGAAACAGUGGCAGAGUUAUUUAUCAAGAAAAAGCUAAGCCGGAUAUCUGAGAUCACACUUAACAGCGCUCUGCCCUUCGCCCUGCUUGCUGUUUUAUCCGAUAUCCUCGUCGCGGGCGCGUUAUGCGGGCUGCUGUGGCACGAACGGUCCCAAUUUCGAGAUACGAAUGAACUGAUCAACCAGCUCAUCAAAUGGGCUAUAAACCGCUGCUUGCUUACCUGUAUCCUUGCCAUCGUGGAGAUUGUUGUCUUCGCGGUGAAUCCCAAAGAUUUCUGGUUUCUGGCCAUAGACUUUGUCAUAGGGAAACUAUAUGCCAACUCACUACUCGCGACUCUGAACAGCCGCAAGUCCUUGAAGGGCAAGGCGCACGAUCUGGAACUAGACGCUACCACUGCCACCACUGUCAGCUUCAGGAUGGCGCCCACACUGCAGACCGUGGACACGGAAGACGCUUCAAGAUCACAAAACCUCGUAAGGAUCCCGCAGACCGAAGCUUCCUCUUCGGAAUGCGCAAGAACAGAUACGGAUGACGUGGACCGCCUGGACUCCGCCACGCCUUUCAAAUACCGAGAGCCGUCAUUGCCCUGA